AUGAAUGGAAACAAAAUGGCGAAAUUUCUGUUGUUGCUGAUAGCUGUUGACCUGCUGUUGUUUGCGUCGACUGAGGGUAAACCAUGGUGGGGACGUCGACGUUCAAGUCGUAGGCGCUGCUCUUCUUCCAGGCCAGGAGGAGUCGCAUGGGUGAACCAGUGGCAACAACCUUUCUCCUCCUAUUGCAGUAGCAGUAAGCCAGUUGCUGUACAUAUAAACUGAGAGAGAGAGAGAGAGAAUCACUGAAUGAUGAUCCUUUCUUGACGCUGCUUUCCUGUAAAGAUCCAACUCACUCGCUUCCCCUGCAUGUAAUACACAUACCCCGAAGCAUUUGCUGCAACUUUUAAACUAGAUUCCUGUGUAUAUACAGUCUUCAUAGAUCUGUGAAUUGGAAUAGUAUUUUUCUCUUUCUUAAUUUUCUUUCUCUCGAAGGACAGAUUCGUUUGUCCUUUGAAGCGAACCUAUGAUUCUCUCAAGCUCGGACAAAGUAAAAUAGAUGGAAUAGAAUAGGAUGACAAAUUGUCCCGUACAAUUAAACAAGUUUUUAACUGCUUUUUAUUGGCUUAUUCCAUUUCUUGUUUGUGUAAUGUUUAGGCUAUUUUUUGAAGUUUUGGCAAAGCCAGCAUCGCAACUGCAAAGAAGACCGCAUCCAUUACUUCCGAUGUGGGUAUGGUCCAGCGCCAUACAGUGCGAGCAACUGCUUUUGGACAUACACUGUGAAUAACUUUGACGGGCCAGUGAACUUCAAAUGCCCCUACAAUGGCUUCAUUACUGGGGUGGCAAGUGAUUCUUACAGCGGCCAUCACAGAGACCGCACGUAAACAUCAUUCCACUACUAAAGUCCUACGCUUUAUCAGAGGGAAGUCGUUACGUCAUGUUGCCAUGUUAGCAAAGAAUUCUUGAUCUCAGCAAAACCGUGGUCUUGCAAAUAUGGCAGAACAAAACGAAAAAAAAGAUUGACAUGACUUGUGUGAGUUUCCCGUGCAUGAUUUUGUCACUCAGGAUCAAAACGGUAGCCCCCUUUUCUUUAAUCUUUCAUCGUUUGACAAUGCAAAUGGCUUUCUUUGCAAAUAAAGAUUGAGAUCCAGAAAUGUUGCUACCAUGGUAACGUGACGUCACACUUCUGCAUUCAGCUUACAAGUGUUAAAUGCACAGUCCAGGAAAAUGAAAAGAUUUAAUUUUAUCAACACAGUUGAUAAAACCAACUCUUUGUCUUUCACUCCCUCACCGACGUAGCACCACAGCUUCAUUAGAAACUAACCCUUUAUUCAUCGGUCCAGAGACAAAAGCCAUUCAACUUUCUCAGUUCUCCUCUGAAGAUGAGAGAUGGUUAAAAUUGUCAUCACAGUUUAGUAGUUUUGUUUCGUGGUAAAAGCAUUUAACACUAAUACACUGCAUGUACAACCCGAAAGUAAGAUCCAUUAACUAACCCAAGCCGGACCUAAUAAUAGCUUCCGCAAACAAUGUCACUAUCAGUUGUUCAGUUCAUUUUUUUUCUUUCUGGGUUUCCAAUGACAGGUUUCGGUUCCGCUGCUGUGAUAUAAAUGGAUAUUUAAAGCACAGUUGCCAUCACACUCUAUAUCAGAACAACUGGGACCAGGAAUUGAAGUACUCUGUUCCCUAUGGAUACUAUAUGUCUGGAGUGGAGAGUUAUCACGAUAACCAUCGCGAGUAAGUGUUGAGAUAACUUGCAUAGUCCCUGGAAGCUAAAGGUGCACAGAAUUAAAAAAAACCUCUUCUGCAACUAAGCCGGGUUCCAACAUAUUUGUACAAGCUCCAACGCCGCAUCACGUACCAGGGAAACUGCUGAAUUGUGGGAUAAAUAUGUAGAAAGAGAAGCUGAACUUCAGCAUGGUUUUUAAAGGAUCUUUAUCUUUGCAAAUACGAAAGACAACCUCAAAAUGUUAGUCUAAUUAGUAUAAACGACGUCAAAGGGGAAGAAACAGAACUUUCUUCGGGUUUGAAUAGCCUGAAAUACGCACGACAGAGUGUUACUUAUUCUUACUAAAAAUGUCGAUCGACUUAAGCUAUAAACUAAAAGUUGUUUGGCGAAGAUUUUAAAAGCUUCAACCGUCGAAGAAAUGGGUAAAUAAGGUCACAACGUGUAGAUCUUUAAGUUAAAAACGUUUUUCAUAAUCGUGGCUUAACGUGUGCACAGUGUUUACAUUCUCUCACGCAAACACUUCCCUCGGCCAAAAAGGCGGCCAAUCAAAGACCACGACACACUGACAGUUCCUUUAGUUCACCACCACAUCAAAUGUUCCACAACUGAAAGUUAAUUGCUCGUGAGUGCCCCAUUUUACAUUUUCAUAUUAAUUUUUUCUAUUCAGGGAUCGCCGCUGGAAGUUUGAGAUUUGCAAAAUCACUAAAGGCGUUGGAAAAUGAAGACGACUUUCAAGGGAGCAAGCAAGUCUCAGCAAGGAGAAAAUUUAAGAUUAAACGCUUAGUUAAACUACCUGGUGAAGGUUAA